CAGCAAAGGUUAAAAAUAUCUCUGCUUAGGGUUUUAGCACUUUACAAAGGGUUUGAUCAAGGAGCUUGAAAUUUGAUUGAUAGACAGCUCUCUGAAACUAAUAGUUAGGUUCCAACGAUGGCUUUCUUUGGUCGAAUUGGGAAUUUACUCAGAAAUGCUGCAAACAAGCAGAUCAGUUCAGAAUUGCUCUCAUCCCCAUCUAUUUUCCAGGCAAUACGGUGCAUGUCAUCUGCUCCAAGCUCAAAACUGUUCAUUGGAGGUGUUUCAUAUUCUACUGAUGAGCAAGGUUUGAGGGAGGCAUUUUCAAGAUAUGGAGAAGUUGUUGAUGCAAGGAUAAUUGUGGAUCGUGAUAGUGGUAGAUCCAGGGGAUUUGGUUUUGUUACUUUCAGUUCAGCUGAGGAGGCAUCAAGUGCUAUUCAAGCCUUGGAUGGACAGGAUCUUCAUGGUCGCCGGAUUAGGGUAAAUUAUGCUAAUGAAAGGCCCCGUGGAUUUGGCGGUGGAGGUGGUGGUUUUGGUGGUUCUUAUGGCAAUGCACCAUAUGGUGCUGGUGCUGGCUAUGGAAGUGCUUACGGUAACUCUCCUUAUGAUGGUGCUCCAGGUGGUGGUGGUGGCGGUGGCGGUUAUGGUGGCAAUGCUGCUGGAGGUUACGGUGGAGGCGGCUAUGGAUCUGGUGGCAAUUAUGGUCGCAGUGGCUAUGACAAUAACUAUUCCACUCCUGACAGUUUUGGAAGUAGCAGUGCUGGUGGCAGUGGAGAUUAUGGUGGUAACAGUGGGAAUUUUGGUGUUGCUGCUGGUGGUGGAGGAAGUGAUAGCUAUGGCAGUGCUCCUGGUUUUGAUGCUGCUGCUGGUGUAGGUAGUCAUGAAACAUCUGCUGGUUUUGGUGGCAGUGAUAAUUAUGCCAGUGCUGGUGGAUUUGAUGGAAGUGAGGGAUCCGGGUAUGGCAGUAGUGGCCAACUGGAUAACAAAGAAACCAGCAUUGAAGGCGACGAUAUGGACUUAGUCGAAGGAAAUUACAAAGAUGACAAUGAUGAUACCGAUGACUUUGCCAAAAGGGCCUGAUGGGAGACUUGUAUUCCUGGGGUUUCUACUAUGCUCUAGUGCUUUAGGGCCUACACCUUUAUAUAAUCUCCAAGGACUUGAAAAUCUGAUGUGCAAUCCAAACAUGUUAUCUCAAUCAGCAAUGCAUAGAGAAGAUAGUUUAUGUACCGAUCUUAUGCAUCAUCCUUUCCUUCUCUCGUUAAGAAUGGUGCAUAUUUUUGUUGCUCAUUUUGAGAUGAUUUGGUAUUUGACCAAAUUGAGAUUUUUUUUACAGCAUGUAAAUCAGUGAAUUGUUACAUCAAUAAUCCAAGACUGUUGGGAGAAAUAGUUAUUUAUCGAUUUA